AUGGGACCUUCCAGCAGGCGGUAUGGACCCGAGUUCCUCGAGAUACCCGGAAUCAAAAACGAUUUCAGAAUUGCCGAUCCCAAAGCACGGAUAGCAGAAUACCUCAAGUUUUACCAACGGUCGGACAGUGCCUCUCACUUCGAGAGCGCCCUCAUGAGGGACAUUCAGAUCUUGAGUGCCACUGGCCCACCUAACACUACAUCAGUGUUCGAGCUCGAGAUGACGCCAACUUAUUGCAGUAGGAUGGGAAAUGCACAUGGAGGCGCUGUAUCUCUGAUAUUCGACAUGUGUACAUCCAUGUGUAUAGCUCCCGUCGCACGACAAGGGUUUUGGGAAUUUGGAGGUGUCUCGAGGACACUCAAUGUGACCUACAUGCGACCAGUGAGGCAAGGCAUCACUGUCUUGAUAGAGUGUGAGGUCUUGCAGGUCGGCAAGAGGCUUGCUAUGAUCCGAGGUCUGAUGAAGGACAAGGCGGAUGGGCGAGUGCUGUGUUCCUGUGAGCACGACAAGGCCAGCAUCGAGUUCCCUGAGACCAAGUUAUGA